AUGAUGAGAUUCAAUUCUCCAUAUAAUCUGUUCAUACGAAUUUCUAUGAUGUUGAACUUGUUUUCCGUGUUCUGUAACUGUGAUGAAAUCUGUAAACAGCCGGAGUGGAACAACUUUACAAAAGUGAUUUUUGUGAAUGAGUCAUAUCGAUAUUCUCAUAAUUAUCAUUACUCACAAACAAUAAGUCUCAAUCAGCCUUAUCCAAUUGUGAAUGGCAGUUUCAAGAUAUUCAAAGAGGAUAAAAUAGUUGAACCACAAUUCCCGUUAAAAUUUUUUGAAAGUGAAUUCACUGAAUUUAAAACUUGGUAUCGUGGUGUUUUAUCUAUAUUUGAAAACAAAAAGCCAAUUGGACAAAUCUCAAAUGUUUUAGAAAGUUAUGGUUCAAGGUAUCUUUUGAAUGAGAAGGGAUUAAUCGCUGUCAAAUGGUCUCCUGAAGGAAAAGAUAAAGAGAAUACACCCAUAGUAACUAAUCUGUUAUAUCCGAAUGGGAAGAUAUCUAUCUAUUAUGAGAACAUUCUUUUGGAACUUAGCGAAAAUAAGUCGGUGCUAGGAAUCCGAAGAAUCUUUCAAUGUGAAACAGGUCCCAUAGACCACAGGAUAUCUGUUCCUGUAGAAUGGAUCCAAAAUGGCACGUUAGUGGAGUAUGAAGUCAUCGGCACAAUUUGUCCAAAACACAAUUCAAGUGAAGCUUGCCAACAAGCAACAACACCGAAUGUAAAAUGUAUUUGGUGUGAGAAAUGGAAUACGUGCAUUGACAGUAAUCAUCAGAAUCAUCAUUUCUUCAAAGUGAAUGAUUGCCAUUAUAAGGGCCCGGAUGUUAACGAUUUGACAACGUCGACACCCAUCAAUCACAAAGAAACAACAUUACGAAAUACCACUUUUGAAAUAACUGAAGAAAGUAGACAGAACAAAUCACUUUGGUACCUGUAUAUUGUUAUUCCUUCAGUCGUCUUCGUCUUCGCUGCAUGCAUCAGUUGUGUUAUUUGGAGAUGGUUGCAUAUAAGAAGGAGAAGUAGUGAAUGA